AUGAAUUCCGUGAACACUUCCAUUAAUGAAGUCGGCAAAUGCUUGGAUUCUCAGUUAUGGCACGCAUGUGCUGGUGGUAUGGUACAAUUGCCGCCAUUAAACUCCAAGGUGUUCUACUUCCCUCAAGGCCACGCCGAACAUGCUGCAUCGGGAAACGUGAAUUUUGGGGAUUUCUCUCGAAUUCCACCUUACAUUCUGUGUCAAGUUUCCAAAGUGACGUUCAUGGCAGAUCCCGACACCGAUGAGGUUUAUGCUAAAAUCGGUCUUCUCCCCUUGAGAAACCUCAACGAUUUUGAUUCUGAUGAUAAUGGGAUUCUAGGGUUCGAUCAAAACAACCAAAAUCAGGAAAACCCAACAUCAUUCGCAAAGACAUUAACUCAAUCAGACGCUAACAAUGGUGGUGGAUUCUCAGUCCCGAGCCAAGGAUGUUCAUGGGCAAAUUUGGAAAUUCAGACAUAUUUACAGAGGCACCCCACGUCGCCAUCUUUUAACCACAGGGCAAAAAGAGGAAUCAAUGAGAACAACGACAAGUUUUUCCGAAACCCUAUUGAGAAAUUCAAUGGUGAAUCUGUCUUUGAAGCUGUGAAAAUGGCAGCAAAUGGUCAACCGUUUGAGGUUUUUUACUACCCGCGUGCAAGUACACCGGAGUUCUGUGUGAAAGCUUCAACUGUCAUGGCUGCAAUGAGGAUUCAAUGGUGUCCAGGAAUGAGAUUCAAGAUGGCUUUUGAAACUGAGGAUUCCUCAAGGAUAAGUUGGUUCAUGGGGACAAUUUCGUCUAUUCACAUCAACGAUCAACAACUUUCCCCUAAUUCUCCUUGGAGGCUUCUUCAGGUAUCAUGGGAUGAACCUGAUUUACUACAACAUGUGAAACGAGUCAACCCAUGGUCAGUUGAACUCGUAUCUUCAAUCCAUCUUUCACCAUUUUCACCACCACGAAAAAAACUCCGAAUCCUCCAACCACCCGAUCUCCCGCCACCAACCACCGCCAACCACCACCACCACCCGACAAGCAUCCAGGGAGCCAGGCAGAACAAUUCCCAAUUUGGACAAAAUAACCAUUUGAAACCUUUCCCAAUUGAAAUCGCGAACCCUUUAACGAGAUUCAAGUCAACAAGUCAAACAAUUAAAGAAACCGAUGAAAACAUUUCUUGCUUGCUAACAAUGGGGAAUACAUUCACGAUGAAUGAUGAAAAGGAUAACAGUAAGAAUAAGAAGAAACCAAUUUUUGUGCUUUUUGGUCAACCGAUUUUGACCGAACAGCAGUUGUCAGAGAGCUGGUCUGGUGACGUGGCGGCGGCUCCAAAUGUCUCUGAUGGUUCAGUGGUCCUUCAGAAUGGUCCGGUUGAAAGCUCUUCAGAUGAAGCGGAGUUGUACAGAAUCUUGCUAACCCUUCAGUGAGGUCUUGAAGACAGGACAAGAGCUAAUAGUUUUAAUGGAAGAACUAGGCAGUAGGCAGUGGUAAUGUAGGAAGUAAAGAAGGUAAUUGAAUUCUUGUUUAUUUUCUUGGAUUUGUGGGGAAAAAAAGUCCAUUUUUCUAGCGAUUUUGAGACAUUAUUAUGAAUUUAGUUUAGACUUUUGACAUUUUAUUGAUGUGUUUGAAACCCGAUUUCUGGUGAAUCAUUUGGGUGGAAUGUUGUUUCACAAGUUUGUUGUGGGUUUGGGGGAAGAAAUGUCAUGCAUUUUGCGACAAUUUUUACACUGGAAAAAGGUGUUUCAACUUUCUCAAGUCAAGAGUGAUUGUGUUUAUGGUUCAUGUUUCUGGUGAAUAAUUGUUGAACCAAUUGAAGUUUGAGAAAAACCAUGGUGUUUCAAGUUUCAAAAUUUUCAAAUAAAAUGGAUAAUUACCAUAUUUUAUUCAUUUUAGCCGCUUAACUUGUGUUAUGUUAUAUAAAAUCACAAUUCUUUUUAUGGUAUAAUCUACCAUUGUGAUCUAGGGGUUGUUUUUUUUUCUUUGUUAAGUCUUGUAUGGAUAAAAUGAUUGAAAGGAUUAUGAAGUUGUCUAAAUGAAAUGUUGU